AUGACUCUCAACAACGCUCCUUCAGACGAUAAUGAAACCACGGAAGCCGAACAUCUCCGCGGGUUAGUUUUAUUCACUUCCGGUAAUGGUUUUGUUGAAAACGAUAAUAUUUUUGCUUUCAUUAUAAACCCUGCCACUCGUAAUAUUUACAAAAUCCCUGAUCCACCUGUGUGUUUUUAUAUGUGUUACUUUUUCGGGUUUGAUGAGGUUAAAAAUGAACAUAAGGUGUUGAACUUUAGAAUUAAGGAUCGUAAAUCGAUACGGUCUAAGAGACUGAAGGAUUUAGAGUUAAUGAUAUUCUCUUUGUCGGAUUAUUCGUGGAGAAAGAUUGAUGUGGGGAACUUUCCUGUUGAUUCCGAGAAUCUGUUUUUUGGAACUAAAAGUAGUGUUUGUGUUAAUAGUGUCAUACAUGUGAUGCUUCAUAGUCCGAUGGAGAUUUUAGCGUUUGAUUUGAGAACGGAGAAGUUUGAGAUAAUUAAGGUUCCGAAUGAGGCUCUUGUGUUUGAGACAAGUAGUCUGUAUACUAGGAAUGGGAGGAAGACGGUGAAGUUUAACUACCCUGGGGUUAUGAAAGUUGAUGGAUUGUUAGGUGUUCUUAGUCAUGAUCGCGCGGUGGAAAGUAAUGAAAUGUAUAUUUGGGCAUUGGAAGAUUAUGAAAACCGUGUUUGGGUGAGAAAAACGAUUGCUUUUUCUGAGUCUUGGGUUGAUUUAGACGGGCCUUUUCCAUCUUGUUCUGGUAAUGCGGAAGAGAUUUUGUUUUACCCGAAAAGGUUGUCUAGGAAUUUGAUGAAUGUGCCUGUGUAUGAUUUGAAGGCUGGAAGUUAUAAAUCAGUGAAAUACUUUUUGGGUCAUCAGUUUCUACGGGCCAAAACCGUGAAGUUUAAUGAAGUUGUGAGUUAUACUGAAAGCAUCGUGCCUUUAGUGACAAAUGAAUCAGGAACUUCAUGA